GCAGUCUAAUCGAACACACGCGGCCUUGAACACACGUGCAUCUCGGCGGCGUUGUGUGCUGUGGAGGACGGGGGUUAGCCGUUCGUUGAGGCAGCAUUCUGCAUUGUUAUGCUUUUAUCGAAGCUUUUAUCAAAGCCUUCAGCUACAACUGCUGUACAGGUGACAGACAUGAGUCAGCCACAGGAAGGACCAGUUUUAGCUAAAAUUGAGUGGAACGAUAAAGAAUAUUUAAUGCGCCAGAAACGUAUCACUCUUGGCCGGCAUAGCUCUAAAGGAGAUGUAGACGUUGAUCUGGGCGAUUCCAGCUUUAUUUCGCGUGUUCACCUCGAAAUAAUUUUUAAAGAACCCGAUUUCUUCCUGAAGUGUCAUAGCAAGAAUGGGGUAUUUGUUGAUGACGACUUUCAGCGGCCUAGUGACGGACUUCAAAUUAUCCCAUCAAGAUGCAUGAUUGGUUUCCCGAGCACUGGGAUGUUCAUGGUGUUUGUAUCUCAAGUCGACAUCUCAGUGGACACAGACCCAUCUUCUCAGCAGGCCAUUGCGACAGGUCCCGCAACCUCUCCAACUGAUAUUGUUAGCACAUCCAGUAGCCGCGCUGUGAGCCCCUCACAGCUGGGAGACGUCAUUAUUCUCGAGGAGAGCAGUGGCGAACAAACCGCCCCGCUACUGCAUCACAGUUACAGCAGCGACUCGAGGGGCGCGGCGCAGGAGCGGCGCGGUGACACGGCCGGCGAGCACCGACCUCAGGACCGUCGCUCCAAGCCGCCCUACUCGUACGCCCAGCUGAUCGUACAGGCCCUAUCGACUUCCAAGGACGGCCAGCUGACACUGAGCGGUAUCUACAGCUACAUAACGCGCCACUACCCCUACUACCGCACCGCCGACAAGGGCUGGCAGAACUCAAUUCGCCACAACCUAUCGCUGAACCGGAGCUUCACGAAGGUGGCUCGCAGCCACGAGCACCAGGGCAAGGGCGGCUUCUGGCGCGUGAAGCCGCAAGCGGAGGGCACUCUGGUGGAACAGGCCUUCCGGAGACGCGGCCGGGGCGCCGCCAAUGGAGCUGGAGCGAGGAAUGGAAACGGCGUCGGCUCGGACGCGUCACCCGACUCUCCGAUGGCUCUGGGAGGGGACGGCGCCAGUCCGCCCUACCUCCAGUCCCGGGAGUCGUCUCCCGCCGCGGUGGCGCCGGUACAGUUCCAGCAGAUGGCACAGCAGUGGCGGACGACCCCCGGGGUGGCUGAGCAGAAUGGAGGGCAGAAUAAUGGAGUGCUGAGAGUGCAGCCGCAUAACGGGAGCGUAGCGGCGACGGUGAUAUUGGCUCCCGGCACCACAGUGGCGGGGGAGGUGGCUAGAGCUCGGCUGGUACCCCUCAACGCCUCUGCGGGUUCAUUAGUGACGUCACCGGUGUCAGAGGAUGACUUCAUCAUCGAGUCGGCCGACGUGAUCACUUCCGACGAAUCCCUUGUCGUACCGGAACACUCGGAGCCCGACACCCUGACCAGGGGUCCCUCAGGGGACAAUGGUGUCCCCCAGAGGGCACAGACAGCGGAGCGGUGCUAGCACUGCUAGCACUGCUAGACUCAGUGCUGGCAGAGGGCUGGAAAGGUCCACUAACAGUGCUUGGCGACUCUCUAAAGUGCAUCGGUCAUACUGCGUCAAUGACUGUGCCAUUCGCUACGUUACUGACUUUGCCACUGAUAAUGUAGCUAACUGCUUCACUGAUUCUGUCGCAGAACUCAGACACCGAUCUUAAUUGGAGCGUAGAUGAAGGGCCAAGAGCUGCAUGGCGUUAUCUGACCGCUCUUUUAGUUCCUAACGUCUUUCUCAUAGAUGAACGUUCGAACGGGAAGCGCCCGUGGGUCUGGUUUGCAACGAUCAAAGAAAAGACAUCGUGCAUGUGACUUUCUUACACGCCUGUUUUGUGUUCUCUAUUUACGCUGAUGGCCUGGUGUCAUUCAUUCGUUUCAUUUUUUGUUGCUCUCAUACUGUGUGCUGUUUACACCUACUGACUGCACUUGCUUUGAACUUGUGCUAUGAAUCGUUCAUUUGCAUUCACGUAAGUUAGAAUACUCCUGAUCACAGGCUGUUUAGUAUGCGUGCUGUCUUACGAGGUGCCGAUGUACAGAGGCUCUAACCGUCUCACGGUCCUACGGGCUUUCUUCCAAAGACUGUGAAGACAGGAAAGACAAGGGUUGGAAGUGAGUGUCUGUAUUUAUUUUGUACAUCAAGGUUUGUGUGAAAGUUGGCCCGGAGAGUUGGAUCUCAGGGGGCUACCCGACCGCCAUCUGCGGCGCUACGAUAGACCAGAACUAGCAGUUCUUCGUCUAACCGCGUGGUGUAAGUUUCCCAGGUGACGCGAAUUGACUCAGUGAAUAGACUGGAGAAAACCUCGCAAUACACACUUUUGUACAAACAUG